GUCACGGGGCAGACCCAGCAGGUGCCACUGGUCGACUGACCGAGAUGACCGAGAUGACUGGCUGAUGCACCACCUGUGCCCCCUACUGUGCCAACUUGCUGUGCUUUAGCCACCCGGCGCUCCGCUCGUUGUUGUGAGCGUCGCUCCUCCGCCCUCCGUUGUUGUUGGAGGGUGACUGCCUCCAACUGCCCAGUAGCGUCCUUCACGAGCCUCCUCCACUGAGGCCGAUCUUGACACCGCUGGUACCAGUCAUCGGCAAGUCCACUCAGCUCCACGUCCUCCUGUACCACAUCACUCCAUCUCUUCUCCAGCCCGUGCCGCGCCCGUCUAGCCCCCUCGAUCCGGCCGAACAAAAGCUGUUUAGGCAUGCGGUGGCUGGGCAUGCGGGCUACAUGACCCAGCCAACGCAGCCUUGCCUGCCGGAGGAGCUCACUGAUGGGACUUUGCCCAGAUCUUUCAAGGAUUUGUGAGCUCCUCACACAAUCCAGCCUGGUUAAACCCAGGAUGGAUCGUAGGCAGGCCAGCCUAAAUGUUUCCAACCGGCGAAGAUGCUCCACCAGGGGGGUCCACGUCUCGCAAGCGUAGAGAAGGGAGGGAAUGACCGUGGCCGAGAAGACCUGAAGCUUCGUGCGGAGCGACAGACCAGAUUGCCGCCGUCGCAGAGUGCCGUGAGAUGACGAUGACGGCGACCGCGAUAAAGAGGAUGGCGAUGAUGAUGGUGGCGGCGAUGUCUCGCCCUCGCCGCCCGCUGCCGCCGACUGCGUCAAUUAUUCGUCGCUUGUCCACCACCACCUCCACGCGAUCCGUCUCCUCUCCGGACGAGCCUACCACCAACACCACCACCAACACCACCAGCACCAACACCACCAGCACCACCAGCACCUCCACCAUGCCAGACGUUCAAACCACCAACAGCACCGCCCCUUCUACCAUCACGCCUUUGUCAGAUGCCACUGCCACGAACACCACCACCCACGCAUCCUCCAUCUCCUUUCCGGACACUGCCACCGACAACAGCGCCACCUCCUCCAUCCCUUCGCCCGAUAAUCCAACCACCGCCGCCGACACCACGGCGCCAGCGGCGGCAGCGGACGAGAACGCGGACACGGUGCGUGCUUUGCACGAGCUGGGCGUGCGCGUGACGCGCGUGCGCAAGCUACACGGCUGGGUCCUGCGGGAGCGGCGCGCGCACGUGCGGGACACGGCGGAGCUGCUCGUCUCCCUGGGCGUGGCUCCCGGCGGCGCCGUCGCCGCGCUGCUCGAGCGCUGCCCGGCCGCGGUGCUGUGCCCGCCCGCGGACGCCCAAGCCCAGCGCCGGCUGUGGCUCUCGCUGUGCGACCGCCGCGACGAGCCGGCCGCGGGCCCCGGCGUGGCCGACGGCGGCGGUGGCGGUGGCGGUCGCGGUGGCGCUGGUGGUGGUGUCGAGCUGGCAAAUGUGGUGCAGCGCUUCCCCGAAACCUUUUUUCUCACCGCGUCGCCGGAGCAGCGGGCAAAUCAGCAGGACAACAUCGCGCUGCUCCUCUCCGCCGGCCUCCACCGCCGCGUGCUCGCGCGGCUCCUCGCCGCGGCGCCGCAGCUCUUCUGCCGCCCCGCCGCCGACAACGGCGCCGCGGUGGCCGCCCUGCACCGCUUCCACCGCUCGCUCGGCGGCUCGGAGCGCGACGCACGCGCCUGGCUCGCCAAGCUGCUGAGCCAGGACGCCCACGCACUCGCGGGCGACUCGCCGGAGCGCCUGGCGGGCCUCGCGGCCCUCCUGCGCCGACGCCUCGCCCUCUCCGACCGGGAGCUGCUGCGCGUGGCGACGGGCGUGCGGGGCUCGCCGCCCGCGGGGCCGGCGAUCGGCGCGGUACUGCGGUUCUGCCGGAGCGAGCUGGGGUGCGACGACGCGGACGAGGAGGAGGGCGACGAUGGCGCCGGCGGUUCCGGCGGCGGCGGCGACGCCGCGGUCCGGAGGGUGCUGCUCGCCUGCCCGACGCUGCUCAGCUUCCCGGCAGAGAUCCUCGCUGAGAACCUGAAGGUGCUGCUGUCGCUUGGCGCGUCGCUGCGGGCGGUGCGUGCGUGCCCGUCCUCGCUGGAGCUCACCGCGCCCAUCGUGCGGCACCGCGCGUCGCGCCUGCGCGCCGCCGGCUGUGACGUGGCGCGGGGCGGCGGGGCGCUGUCGCUCAUCGCCGGCACCAGGCGCGAGUUUGAGGACCGCCUGGCCACGCUGGGCCACACGAAGGCCCGCCCCCUCUUCAACCCCGUGGCGCCGCCGCCCGACGCUGGCGAGCGGUGAACGAGGUGGUUGCGGCGCGCGCCGCGGUUCGAGCCCGGCGGCCGCCCCGGUUAACACUGCAGGUGAGUUCACGAGAAAAGCACGAGCUCUCUGCUUCACAACGGACUUCGGAGAUCCCGCGACACUCCAAAAUUUGCCACGUCCGAAAUUUUACCGCAAAUUAUCUCUCAGGGUGUAACCGCUUUGCAACGUUGCCCCCGUCGCACGUGAGACAAAGUGCCGUGGUAAUGGCUUGUGUGCUAUGAAAUCCGCAUGAAUACCAAACGUAGUCGGGAUUUGAUGCUGGUGAUAAUGUUUGGACGAGCGCCGACAGGAUGGCCAAACCGGUGCCCAUGUGACCAGCGGAGGGCAGCUGUGUUUGUGGCUUUGCACACGAGUGAGUGUGUGUGUGUAAACAUCAUCGCUGGCGAGACAAAGGCAGCCGCAAUUGUUUUUGGGCAGAAACAAAAAAAAAUAGCAACCCCAUUGCUUUUCUGGCGUGCAGACGUGCAAGGGUGCUGAUGUAUUUUGAGAUGCAAUUGCCAUCUGGUGGCAAAUUCGGAGCUUAAACGUCGCACACAAGUGCCGUACCUAUGUGCUCGCCCCAUUCGCCGUUUAGCCUUUACAGAAAUCGCACAGACAUGGGGAUGCAAAUCAAAUGAUUAAGUACAUUUAUUUUUUAAAAUUUGUCAACUCAUUGAAACGCUCUCGCGUGGCAGAAGCAAGCUUAAGCCAAAGUUUAGGGCCCCAAGCAGACCAAACGGGGCCGUGUAUUUAAGAAAAAAAAAAUAGGGGAACACCAAAUCAAAGUCGGUAUCCUCAUAAAGUAAAUUAAAAACAAGCCCCUAAUUGUAAUAUACCACUACUGCAAACAAUUUCGUUGAAAUUUCGUCCAUUCGGGUAUUUCAAACACCCGCAACAGAAAGCCAAGCAAGGUUUUGGCUUUUCCUGGCCUCCGACGGAGUUUGAGUUCUGACUCUGCGCCUCCGAGUUCUCCGACUGGUGGAGCGUGCGAGCGCUAUCGUGUUCGUCAUCCUCAUUAUAACGCUCGUCCAUCACCCAGCCCCGCGCCACCCCCCGAAAAAUGUACAUUUUCUGCGCCCGGUUGAAUUCGCUGGCAGCACCACGGGGCGGCCAACGGGCGAGUUAAAUCCACCCCCGCCGUCACCCGCUCGCCGCCGUGGUCGCACGGAGAGAUGUGGAGAGGAAGGGCCCCCAGUGAACCCAGCGUCAGGCCCCGUCCGUCGGCUGUCAGACCCCCCGCGCGGCCCCCUCUUCCGUGGCCCCUUGGCAUGCCGGGACGACCCUUGUCCUCAAAUGCUUUUACGCUCCUGCUCCUUAAUAUGGUACGGCUUCCCCUUUGCUGGGAUGCUCGUUUAUUGUUUUUCGUUUGUUCUGUGAUGCCUUUUCUUUGCUUAUUGCUGCGGCUUUUACCGCGUUCAUCGGUGUUUCACCGUUUAUCGUGCCUCUUUUCUAAAUCGCCCUCUGCAGUGACGUUGAAAUACUUCCGGUCAGGUGGCUCGGGUUGUGUGGGGGCGAUCAGCUCAUCAUCAUCAUCGUCGCUCCGGGCGGAUACAAUGAGCAUUCCCUGUGUGAGGAAUUCGACGGCGGUUGCGCUACGGAUAAACUCGCCCCGGCAAUAGGAAUGUGGAAUUCCCACCACUGGCUCAUUGCUCUAAACGGAAGACGAGCACCAAUACGUUAUUACGUUCGUUUCUCAGUCCGCUUGUCCUGGUGAGGGUCGCGGCUGCAGCGUGUUGAGUAGUGGCGAUCCAGACCUCCCUUUCCUACCACACUACACAUUACUAUACACUACACUACUAUACACGUUACACUACUAUACACGUUACACUACUUUACACUAUACAUUACUAUACACUACACUACUAUACACUAUACAUUACUAUACACUAUACAUUACUAUACACUACACUACUAUACACAUUACACUAUAUACUACACACUACUAUACACUACUAUACACUACACUAUUAUACACUACUACACACUACUAUACAAGACACUACUAUACACUGCACUACUAUACACGUUACACUACUACACUAUACACUACUACACACAACACUACUAUACACGACUACACACAGACUCCCAGCUGUUCCCAGGCCAGCCGAGCGACAUCAUCCCGCCAGCGUGGUCCUGGGCCGGCCCCGGGGUCUUCGCCCAGUGGCACGUUGCUGCUGCUGCUGCCCGGUAGAGAACCAGGGGGAGUCUACCGGGGGGGGGGGCAUCCUCACCAGGUGCCCGAACCACCUCGACUGGCUCCUCUCGAUCCGGAGGAGCAGCGGCUCGACUCUGAGGCUCUCCUGGAUUACCGAGCUCGUCACCCGAUCACGGAGAGUGGUGAGCCCGGCAACCCCGCGGAGAAACCUAACUUGGGCCCCUUGUCAUUACCAGUACGUUCCUGCUCAAAUACGAGGGGGGAAAUCUCUUUUUGACUUUGCUUGAAUAAGGUUAAAUGCCGCCGUGGCUCGUUAAUUCUGUUCUAAAUCUACCCUCGACCUUCGUAUUAUCUUAUUCUCUUUUUUUUACCUUGCUGAUCUUGACAAGGAGACUAAACCACCACGCGAGCUCCGGUCAGCCUCGCAGCAGCGGCAGCAGCUUUUCGCUGGCCAUCGAAUUAAGACGGAGGUCACCGCAUCGCGUGGCGCUUACCGAUGCGCUUCUGCGGCCGUCUGGAACACUCUUGUUUCCGAUCUUAGAAAGCCACUGGGAGCAGUGCACUUUUAAAUUAUCUAGAUUGAAAACUCAUUUCCUUAGAAGUGCUUUUUUGCAUCUAGUUUGUUGUCCUUCUGAUUUAACACGGUUGGCUACGUACAGCGCACAAGAAUUCCAACGUACAGAACAAACCAAAAAAGGACCGCUCGAUUUCCGCCCGCGUCCUUUUGCACGCUUAGCUUUCAUACGAAUUCAUAUUUGUUUAAAAUACCUUUGGCCAAACUGCGCGGCGUUGCCCCUGGCUGCUUCCCCAAUCCCCGCCGUUGCACAAAACUCCGCCACAAACAAAACCCCCCUCGGUUCGCCGCGGCGCAAUCGCCGACAAUCACCGGAGCAUUUCACCGGUGGGGCGCGCCUUGUGCUCCCGUGCCGAUGAGAUGCGAGAGCGGUUAAGUCGACGUGAAAUUGGCUCGCAGCUGAGGUUUUCUUUCUGUUUAUCGUGAAAACAAACGCCGAAGGGAACCCGCCCCGGUGCAUCGCAGGGAUCGCGGAGACCUUAGGGGCAGUGGGGAAGAGGCCUUUAUCUAGCAGUGGAUUGACCCACUGAGAUGUUUGCACAAAGUGUUGGUGUGUAACGGUGUUUUUUCUGCAAUAUUUUGCUGUCUUUUCUUGGAUUUUCUGUUUGCACUUAGUCACAUAUUCACUUUAAGUUGUUUUCUUGUUCAUGUUUUUGUUUUUUGUUUGUUGCGGUUGCACCCGAUUCAAGAGCCGAAUGGCUCACAGGGCUGUACCUUAAUAAAUGAACUUGAACGUGACCCUAGCACCUCCGAUUAGCACGGUGGGCUAUGUACGGUGCGAAAGAAGUUCAACGUACACACGUGACGAUGGUAAUGAUGAUUACUGGGAUACGGUAAUCUGUAAGACCUCUUGGAAGACUUGUUGAUAGAGGUGCUGUACGUUAAUGUUGGAGAAUUAGUUACUUAUAGUGAAACAUAAUUUCAAACAAAACUGUCGGGGUAGAUUAAAAUAACAUCCAAAGAAUAGCAGGUAUAUUGCAAUGAAUGUAAUUGAUAUCAAUAACUUUAAUUAACAUGGAAAGAUGAGAAUUACGGCGAUUAUUAACAAUUAUAUUUCUCUUCUUGGUUCU